UACUGGCCGGAAUUCUAAAGCAAUGCGAAGGUGGAAGGGAGCCACAGUGCAAAAAUUGCACAAAAAUUGGGGCGGGGCAAAGGAACUACAGUUGCGCAAGAGAAUUGGUGGCCAAAGUUUCGACUUAAAGUUUGGAACACCCGGUGCGUUUUCCUCAGUCUGCAGGGAAGGGGGAAAUGCUCCCAGAGAAGAACGUUUUCAAACGUCUGUGAUUCUGGAAGAUGGGCGUCAUGGAGUUCUUUUCACCAGGAGUAAUCGCCGUCCUGGGAAGCUGUGUUCUUUUCUUAUUCUUUCGGUGGAAGAAUUUGCGUGGACCCCCGUGUAUCCAGGGCUGGGUUCCCUGGAUCGGAGCGGGAUUUGAGUUUGGGAAAGCUCCUCUUGAAUUUAUAGAAAAAGCAAGAAUCAAGUAUGGACCAAUAUUUACCAUCUUUGCUAUGGGAAAGCGAAUGACCUUUGUUACCGAAGAAGAAGGAAUCAAUGUGUUUCUAAAAUCUAAACAUGUAGAUUUUGAACUAGCUGUACAAAAUCCUGUCUAUAACACAGCAUGGAUUCCCAAGAAUGUCUUUUUUUCACUGCAUGAAAAACUGUAUGUCUUGAUGAAGGGGAAGAUGGGUACUUUCAGCACACAUCAGUUUACUGGGCAGCUGAGUGAGGCAUUCCAUGAGCAACUGGAAGACUUAGGUGCCCGGGGGACAGUGGACCUGAACGACUUUGUAAGGCAUCUUCUUUAUCCAGCCACGGUCAAUACUCUCUUUAAGAAAGGGUUGUUUCCCACAGACGAGAGGAAAAUCAAGGAGUUCUACCAGCAUUUUAAAACUUACGAUGAAGGUUUUGAGUAUGGAUCCCAGCUACCGGAAUGGCUGCUGAGAAACUGGUCAAAGUCCAAAAGAUGGCUCUUGACAUUGUUUGAGAAAAACAUUGAUGAAAUCAAAGCUCACAAGUCAGUAGCAGGCCAUUCCAGGACCCUCGUGCAGGCUGUUCUGGAUGUUGUGGAGACAGAAUCACGUCAACAUAGUCCAAAUUACGGACUUUUGAUGCUUUGGGCUUCUCUGGCCAAUGCUGCUCCCAUUGCAUUCUGGACACUUGCAUUUGUUCUGGCCCAUCCUGAAGUCCACAAGACCGUUUUAGAAGCCAUAUCUUCUGUGUUCGGCACUACAGGGAAAGAUAAGAUUAAAGUGUCUGACGAUGACUUGAAGAAGCUCCUUCUAAUUAAGUGGUGUGUUCUGGAAGCCAUCCGCUUGAGAGCCCCUGGUAUCAUUACAAGAAAAGUAGUCAAGCCAAUUAAAAUUCUGAGCCAUACAGUUCCUCCUGGUGAUCUAUUGAUGGUGUCUCCGUUCUGGCUACACAGAAAUCCAAAAUAUUUUCUUGAACCUGACUCAUUCAAACCUGAACGCUGGAAAGAGGCAAAUUUAGAUAAGAAUGCUUUCUUGGACGGCUUCAUGGCUUUUGGAGGCGGGAAGUUCCAGUGUCCCGGAAGGAUAGGCACUGGGGAAGGCGGACAUGAUCUGUGCCUCGUGAGAUUCACACUCUACAUUAGGUGGUUUGCUCUGCUAGAGAUCCAAAUAUGUAUUAUUUUAGUGCUUUAUAAAUAUGACUGCAGCCUUCUGGACCCAUUACCAAAGCAGAGUUGUCUGCAUUUGGUGGGUGUCCCCCAGCCAGAAGGGAGAUGCCGAAUCGAAUAUAAACAAAGAACAUGACAUCCGUUUGGGCUCAAGAGGGUCAGAACCUUCUGGAAGAGUAAAGCUACCCAGCUACUGCCCUCAUAGCAUCCUGACCUGAAGACAUCCUAGUGACACACAUGAUUCAGAUCUGAGGACCAUGCGUCGGAUUUCACUGUCAAGAACACAAAGACCCCAAUUCAAGGUUUAGAGAAAGGGUUCGACUGAUUUUUUAAAAGUUGAUAAAAAGUUGGAAUUUGGCUUCAUAUAUAGCCAUAUCAAACUUCUGUAGCGGCGUAAAUGAAGGCAGACAGAAAUUAUAAUAAUACAUUCAGCUUUAAUUGGUAAAAGGCUUAUAGAACCCGAGGUUCCAGCAGAGAACAGGAAAGCGGAAGGGGAGGGGGAGAGCACACCAGCAAUAUUUAUUAGUAAAAAAUAUCCUCAGGUGACCCCGCCCUACAAGCAAGGUAAUUGGCUGCGGCUACCCCUACAAACUUCAAGUAUAAAUGUCUUUUGAAUGGAAAUAUUGGUACAUUAAAUUCACUGUGAAGAUGACAUACUUAACUCUAUUUUACAAAAAAAGGAAAGAAGGAAGGAAAGAAAAGAAAAAAGUUUUGGACACUGAAAAAUUAAAUAAUGACUUCCAGGCAUUUUCUAUUUUUAAAAUAUGAUUCUUAACUAGAAGUUGUAAACCUUAGGCUUCUUAAUGUCAAACACUGCAGCGUGCCUCGCACUGAGAAGUGUGGAGGGAACGGUGGCUUUAUGACACGUGUUGGGACGGGUUCCUGUGCUGCCCUCGUCCUGCAUAGACAGCACCAUCUUCUCUGCAGGGGACAAUCAGUGUGCAUAGAUUGUGGUGUCGAUUUGUAUUUUAAUCAAGGGGAAGCACUCUUUUGACUCACAGAGUCUUUAAUUAUAGUUCAGCAGUGAUGAUGCACGGUCUUGCUGCAUCUUGGUAUGCCAUGCUCAGUUGCUAUCCCUGGGAAGCAUGCUCUUUUCUGAAGGGAAAUGGAGGAGCCCUGGAUAAGGGAGGAGGGAGCUGAGAUGAAACCAGUUCGGAUGGAUGUAUUGCAUGAGAGAUGAAUAAAUAAGAAGAAAAAGGAUGAAUAAAUAAAAGGGAAAAGAUCUCAUAUUGUGUCAGAUGCGUAAUUGCAUACGAGUCUGUUACUGAAGUCUUGGAACAACGGGAUGUUUGCCAUUAGGUUCUGGAGAGAAAACCCAGCAUGUCCACGGGAGCAUAUGAUUCUUCUAACAACAAACAGUGGUGUCAUCAUUUAUACUCCAGAUUCCAA